UCUCGACGUGUUGCAACAACCUCUACAGUAACAAAACAAAACAAAAAUGGCUCCUCCUCAGGCUCCCAUCAAGGUCGGCGUCCUCGGCGCCACCGGCACCGUUGGCCAGCGCUUCAUUGAGCUCCUCGCGACCCACCCCUACUUCGAGAUCCACGCCCUCGGUGCCUCUGCCCGCUCCGCUGGCAAGAAGUACGUCGAUGCCACCAAGUGGAAGCUGGUCUCGCAAAUCCCCGAGAGCGUCAAGGGCAUGAUCGUGCAGGAGUGCAAGCCUGAGCCCUUCGCCGAGUGUGGUGUCGUCUUCUCGGGUCUCGACCACGACGUUGCUGGUGACAUUGAGGUCGCGUUCCGCGCCGCCGGCCUCAACGUCUUCUCCAACGCCAAGAACUACCGCCGUGAUCCCCUCGUCCCGCUCAUGGUCCCCCUCGUCAACCCUGACCACAUCUCGGUCGUCCGCCACCAGCAGCAGGAGCUCAAGCUCUCCAAGGGCUACAUUGUGUGCAACGCCAACUGCUCGACCACUGCCAUCGUCGUGCCCCUCAAGGCGCUCGAGGUCGCCUUUGGCCCCCUCAAGACCGUGAUGGUCACCACGCUGCAGGCCAUCUCGGGUGCCGGCUACCCCGGUGUGUCGUCGCUCGACAUCCUCGGCAACGUCGUCCCUUACAUUGGCGGCGAGGAGGAGAAGAUCGAGUGGGAGACCAAGAAGAUCCUCGGCGGCGUCAACCCGGACAACAGCUUCGACCUGCACGCCAGCGCUCCCCUCAAGAUCUCGGCCAACUGCAACCGUGUGCCCGUCAUCGACGGCCACUUGGCGUGUGUGUCCGUCGAGUUCUCGGGCAAGAAGCCCUCGGUUGCCGAGAUUGAGAAGGCGUUCACCGACUUUGUCACCGAGCCCCAGACUCUCGGCACCCCCUCGGCGCCCAAGCGCGCCAUUGUCCUGCACGACGCCCCCGACCGCCCCCAGCCUCGCCUUGACUGCGACCUUGAGAAGGGCGCUUGUGUCUCGGUCGGCCGUGUCCGCGAGUGCGGCGUCCUCGACGCCAAGUUUGUCUGUCUCCUCGACAAUGUCCGCCUCGGUGCCGCCACCUCGUCGGUCAUCAACGCCGAGGUUGCCGCUGAGAAGGGCUACCUGUAAGCGACAGCUUGUGGUGCAUAAAAUCGUAGUUCGGGGGUAUCGGGAGUAGUACUAUUGCAUUGUAGAGUGUCGGUUGCAUUUGAUUGUGG